AUGAUUACAUCCACCGGUUAUUGCUUGGGAUGGACCUCACCAAUAAAUGGAAAACUAUCUGACAACUCGACUGAAAGCGGAGUCCUCGAUGAACCAGCGACCACUGAAGAACUAGCGUGGGUCGGAUCACUGCUCAACAUAGGAGCUAUAUUUGGUCCAUUUGUGGGGGGUUUCUUGGCCGGUAGGAUAGGCAGGAAAUGGGGUCUUUUAAGUGCGAUCAUCCCUUUUGUGGUUGGGUGGAUACUUAUAGCUGUGGUACAGAAUAUAGCCUUUUUGUACGCAGCCAGAGUCUUUUGGGGUGUGGGAGUGGGGAUGGUAUUCACCAUAUCACCGAUGUAUUGCGCUGAAAUUGCUACGAAUGAAUCUCGAGGAGCACUGGGCUCAUUUCUCCAGAUGUUCAUAACCUUUGGCUUCUUGCUGGUAUACGGAAUUGGACCUUUUAUUUCCUACCUGGAGGUUGCUUAUGUAGGCAUAGCCUUUAUGCCGGUUUUCUUCAUUACCUUCUUCUUUAUGCCGGAAACACCAACUUACUGUCUUCUGAAAGGCGAUCGUGAGGCAGCAGCGUCUUGUCUUUGCACAAUCCGUGGUCGUUCGAGGGAUGGUGUUGAAGAUGAACUGAAUCUCAUUGAGAGUGACGUUAAAGCUUCAAUGGAAAAAACAGCAACGUUCAAAGAUAUUUUCCGAGGCAGUAACUUCAAGGCGUUCUACAUAUCGUGUGCGCUUCAAUUCUUCCAGCAGUUCAGUGGAAUUAACGCUGUGCUGUUUUAUAUGACUGAUAUCUUCGCUUCAUCUGGAAGUGAUCUUAAACCAGCCAUCGCCACCAUCAUUGUUGGAGCUGUCCAGUUGCUACUGGGUGUAUUUUUCCUGCUACUCAACAACGAGAGUGACGUAGUAUCGUCUAUCAGUUUUCUACCAGUAUUAUGUCUAGUAGUGUUCAUUCUGUCUUAUUGUGUGGGUCUAGGCCCGCUUCCUUGGGCUAUCCUUAGCGAAUUGAUGCCCAUAGAAGUAAAGGCUGUAGCAUCACCGAUAGUAACAGCAUUAUCGUGGUUACUGGCUUUCCUAGUUACCAAAUUCUUCCCGUCUUUGGACCGUCACGUUGGUUUUUUCAUGUUUGGAGGCUGUUGUGUCUUAUCUUUCGUCUUCUCACUACUAGUUGUUCCUGAGACCAAAGGAAAGAGCUUUUCCGAGAUACAAAUCAUGCUUGCUGGGAAAAAAAAGCGAGAGAAGGCCUAA